UCCUACCUUGAAGUAUUCGUUAGAACGUCGUCUUCUUCCGGGUGUUGUCAAAUUUUCUUCCACGCGAUAUUCAACCCACAUUUCAUUAUUUAUUUCCAUUUUUCAACUUCACUUUCAUCUGGUCUGACAUUGAGAUCAACCUCCAGAUCUGAUAAACCCGAAUUCACAGACGCCAAAGCAUCCUCAAAACUCACUGGAAACUGUAAAGUGAAAAGCUUUGUGCUUGAAAUGCAUAGCCGGAAUUCUCAGAACCGGAUUUCUGGUUCGGCUUCUCGGCCGCCAGUUUCGCUUCUUUUCCUCGCCUUGUUCGCCACCAUGGCCGCGGUUUACGUCGCUGGCCGUCUCUGGCAGGACGCAGAGGAUAGAGUUUAUUUGAUGCAGGAGCUUGAUAAGACAACUUCUCAGGGUGAUCAUUCAACAAUAUCAGUUGACGGUACACUACAAGUUAUAACCUGCAGGGAACACCAGAAGAAGUUAACAGCUCUUGAAAAGGAGCUGGUUGCAGCUAGAGAGGAAGGUUUUGUUCCAAAGAGCUUGUCAAAACAUGACGAAGCUCGUCCUAGGAAAGAGCUUUUAGCUGUAAUAGGAAUUAUUACGACCUUUGGGCGCAGAAAAAAUAGAGAUGCAAUUCGUAAGGCGUGGAUGCCAACAGGGUCAGCUUUAAAGAAACUUGCAGAUAAAAAGGGCAUCAUUGUACGGUUUGUAAUUGGAAGAAGUUCAAAACGUGAAGACAGUUUGGACGGGGAAAUUGACCGAGAAAAUAAGCAUACAAAUGACUUCAUUGUUCUUGAUGAUCAAGAGGAAUCUCCGGAGAAGCGUUCAAAAAAGAUAAUGGCAUUCCUAGUUCAUGCUGUAGAGAAUUGGGAAGCUGAGUUUUUUGUUAAGGUCAAUGAUGAUGUUUUUGUUAAUAUUGAUGCCUUGGGAGCAAUGCUUUCUACUUAUUUGGAGAAGUCUCGAAUCUAUGUUGGGUGUAUGAAAUCAGGCGAAGUUUUCUCUGAGCCGACCAACAGAUGGUAUGAGCCAGAUUGGUGGAAGUUUGGCAAUGCAAAAUCAUAUUUUAGACACGCCUCCUCUGAUAUUUAUGCAAUUUCUAGAGCCUUGGCUCAGUAUGUUUCGGUGAACAAGUUUAUUCUGCGUACAUAUGCUCAUGAUGAUAUCAGUGCUGGAUCAUGGUUUAUUGGCCUCGAUGUCAAACACAUCGAUGAACGGAAGUUUUGCUGCUCGUCUCAGUCCGCAGGAGUAAUAUGCGCAAACGCAUGAGCUUACAUUCCUAACAAGAUUUGGCAAGCGCGCCUGGUUUAUGACGAAAGACGAUGCCCUGCUGAUCCGAGUUCAACUGGAUGAAGUCCUUGUGACCGUUUGUGCUGAAAUUUUCUUUUGAGGCAUCGAAAGGAGUAAUUUUCUUCAGUCAGUAGGAAGUUUUCUCAACAUAGAUGUAACAUAUCACACAUUGGUAUCAAAAUUCUUUGAGAAGCUCCUCCACAUUUAGAGGAACAUAUUUUCUCAUCCAUGGAUAUACUUGUGCCGGGAGACUAUCUCUGUAGUCUGUAAAAUGUAUUAUACCUUUUUUUUUUUAAUAUACGAUGUGGGGCUUAUGGCUCCCACUUUAUACAAGAAAUGAAAUCACCAGCGUUUGAACCUUGGUGGACACACGCAUGCACACUCACGCACCCAA